CAUUUUUGAUGAGAAAGAGUUGCGUAGAGGUUCCAAGCGUUCCAAGUGACAGGUAUCAAUCAAAGUUGUGUUCCGCUCUUCUAUAUGACGUUUUUACAUCUAUGAAUUUAGUUCCAUCAAACAAUUACUAAUAAGUCAUACCUGACAAAUAAGUUGCGUAUUGUUCUCAAGCGAUGCCAUUGAGGGACUUAAUUUCUCUGGGGAUUAUUUCCCCCAUCAUUUUGAAUCUCGUUACAGGACAAGCCCCGACCGGAUAUUGUCCUCAACCUUUCGUCAACCAACCAUGCCACUUCCCAUUUGACUCCUGCCCCCCAGGAUUUGGGAUCAGCUACGAUUACGACAAUUACCAGCAGCUACAGUGCAUCUGCACGCGACCUUUGACCCCACCAGAGCAAAUGGCCCGAAACAAGUGCAGAUGUCGAGGAUACAUCGACCUCUGUCUGGCGACGCGAUUUGGUCACACGUCAUACUCGUGUGGCGUUGCGGUUAACAUUUGUCCGGUGGAGGACCGCUCCGAAAUUUGCAGCGGGUAUCAGCAAUACCGAAAAUUCAGCUAUUACUGCGACAGAACACCGUCUCCUGUAACGUUUGAAGAAGGGCGGGAAUCUUGUACGGCGAUGGCGCUAGAAUUGUGCUACACGAAUGGGUGCGAUCUCCGCAUGACGUGGGAGGAUUGUUGUAAAAGCGUCAAAUUCUUAUGCGGGGAGGGAUUUAAUAAUCCCGAAGUGAUUUUUAGAAUUGCGUCGUCAUUAAUAACUUAAUCAUUGGAAAUUUGGAAUAAGGUGCAAAAAGUCGGAUGUAUUAAAAUUUAAUAGGAUUUAAAUAAUGCCUGUACGUAGAUAUGUAUGUAGCAAAAAAUAAAAAAUUGACGUUCUGAGAUAAUUAUCUCUUUGUUAUUUUUAUAAUCUACAAUUUCAGAUUUAAGAAAUUGCUAAUUAUGAGAAUUUAAAUAUUAAAAGCCUUGUCAACAAGAUUGA